UAUGGAGAAUUUCGACAGACCCAGAAGAGCUAGUAGUAGAUCAAAACAAAGAAAAAAAGACAAGAAGAGAAACAUGCUACCAACUAGAAGCCAAGAUGAUAAUUGUAAACAAUCUAAAUUGAAUAGAACUUACUCAAACGAGUAUAAGAUAAAAAAAGUUGUAUUUGAUGGAUACGACAUAACAACUCGUCCAGUUAUGAAUGAUAGCGUUGCUAUGACAGUUGUAAUUGGAAUGUCAUUAUAUCAUAUCCUUGAUACGCUUAAGCGGAAAGGUUCUCUUUUAUUGGGAGAGAGAGGAGGAAGGGAUUUAUUGUCAAAUAUUCCGUUACAUCGAAAGAGUGACUUUGGCUUUCCCUAUGGGACUUUGUCACUAUGUAACCUCUCUCUAACUUUCUCUCCAUCUUCUCUCCCAGUCGAAGGAGCCGUGGUAAUUAAGUGA